AUGAAUAAAUCGGCGUUUUCCUCCUCUCUUGCUUGCUGGUUAAUUUCAAAUUUCCUCAUUCUAGUUAUCUUAUGGAGCUCCCUACCAGAUAAGUCGCCCAGUGUCGAGGAACUCUUCUCGAACAUUAGGAAUUUUUUCGUCUUUCAAGAUCAACUGUAUCCCUACUACCAUGUUAUCGAGCAGCUUGAAUGGAUAUCGGCCUUUUCUCACAAUGAGAGUGAUUUAUCAAUUGUCAAACCGCCAAAGAUUUUCUAUGAUGGACAUUUAUUGUAUCACGUCACCGAAUCUCAAGGGUGCCGCUACAAAUGCAACUUUACCAAUUACCUUUACGAUUUGGGCGUGGGUGAUAUCGCGGUCUUUUCAGAGCCAUUCUACGCAGUAGAUGUGGAAUAUCUAAGGCAAAAUGGUGUUCUCAUUGCCUUCGAGUCAGUCGAGAGUCCCGUACACAUGCGAGAAUUAACUCAAAUCCAAAUGCAGCAAGUUGAUGUCUACGGUGGAAUGGGCAGAGAGACUCCUCCAGGACGGGAUCCUCUUCAAUGGAUCUCUGAGCAUUACAAGUUCUACCUGGCAUUUGAAAAUUCCAAUUGUAGGUAUUAUAUAACGGAGAAGGUGACAGUUAACGCUCUAAGAAACGGCAUGGUUCCCAUUGUACUAGGUGCAUACAAAGAGGAUUAUGAGAGUGUUCUCCCACCUUACUCCUAUAUCAACGUGGAUGACUUUAAGUCAAUUAGCGAACUGGUCCAAUACUUGCUCUACCUGGAUAGAAACGACACUGCUUAUGCAGAGUAUUUUGCCUGGAAGGAAUACGGUGAUAUCUACGUGAGUUUAUAA